AAGGCCUUAUGGGAAAUGAUUGAAAAUCCAAUAUCAAGAACAGACCUUAGUCCGAGUGAACAAAUGGGAUGCAGAGGCAACUGGCAGGACUGCGGAACAUCUCCGCCAGCGUCCGAGCUUCCCCGCCUCCAACAGCGAGGUCCUUUCAACAUCACCGCCAUCAAACUGCAUCCUGCACAUUUCCAUCACUUUACUGCCCAUAAUGUCUGCUGAUGAUCAAGCAUUCCUAGAUAUUCUCUCCUCAGUCCCCAACGAUAUCAAAAGAUAUUCGAACGACGUCGCCGAUUACGUCGACCGCCACCUCGAGAAGGUUUCCAACACUCUCCGCGAAGCCCUCUCCUCCUCGCAAUGGAUUCCCGAAUCUGCCCGUCCUAGACCUCCACCACCACCACCACGAACUUUCACCGAAACCAUCGCUUCAUCUAGUACUCUCACCACGCAAAUCCACCGAUGGAUCUGUAGGAAUAAGAUCCUGACGACCGUUAUUGUGAUAGCACUUGGUGGAGUUACAUACCAUGUCAUCAAGCGGAAAUCAAAUUACCGCAAGAAGCGCAGAGCGAAGCGUGCGAGUAAUGGCGCGAGACUGGAGGUUGUAGUUGUAGCCGGGUCACCAUCUGAGGCUAUCACGAGGUCUGUUGCGUUAGAUCUGGAGAGGAGAGGAUUUAUUGUGUAUGUGGUAUGCAAUACGAUUGAAGAGGAAGUGCUGGUCCAAAAUGAGUCGAGGCCGGAUAUCAAACCUCUGAUGAUUGAUAUUGUGGAUCCUUUCAGCGCCCGCGCCUCUAUCGACCGCUUCACAGCACACCUCCAAACCCCCCACGCCGCUUUCCAAGGCGCAAAACACCACCACCUAACCUUCCGGUCUCUAAUCCUUAUCCCAGCCUCAACCUACCCGUCCCUCCCCAUCGCCGCCCUUCCCGCUUCAACUGUCUCCGAUCUCCUCAACACCCGCCUCCUAACACCCAUCCUCACCCUGCAAGCUUUUCUACCUCUUCUCCAAACCCUCCCUCUAUCACACCCGCAUUUCCACUCCAGCUCCGGCUCACCAUCGCCACCAUCUUCAGCAGAAGGACCAAAACCCUCAAUCCUCCUCCUCACGCCCUCCAUAAUCACCUCUCUCUCGCCCGCCUUCCACGCCCCCGAAGCACUCAUCAACUCCGCCUUAACAUCCCUUUCCACCGUCCUAACAGCCGAAUUAUCCCCCCUCAAGAUCCCAGUCACCCACCUCCAGCUCGGCACUUUCGAUCUGAGCGCCUUCACGCCUCAUUCUCGCAACACAUCUUCGCCGGCGGCUCAGAGAGCAGAGACGCUGAAAUGGGAUGAUAGUACAAGGUUGGCUUACUCGAGGAAUUUCGUCGCUAUGACUUCCUCGAAAUCUGGAUCUGGAUCUGGAUUGGGAAAAGGUACGCCAUUGAGGGAGCUGAACAAUGCGGUGUUCGAUGCUAUUGUUCGAGGGCGAGGAGGCGUGAUCCGGAUUGGGAUGGGAAGUGGACUUUAUGGAUUUGUGGGGAGGUGGGUACCUAACGGGCUGGUGGCGUGGAUGAUGGGUGUUAGGAGGGUGGAUGGGUACGGCUCUGGUGGUGUAGUUGAGGGGGGGUUUGGGAGAGGUUUGAUUAUGGCUCGGCCUGGGAGUAGCGAGGGGAGCGAGAGUGACAGGGGCCUUGAGUCACCAAGGGGAAGAGUGCCGAUCAGUGGGCUGGGGAUUGGAGAUAGUGAGUAUAUCUCUGUCCAUGGGGAGAGGGAUGAUGAGGAUGGAGGAGAGGGCAUUUAGAUUUGGUGGCAGAAGGAUGGAUUGGAAAUGUCAUGGAAAGGCGUUCUGGGAAUACCGACUGGGAGAUCUCUACUACAUAGUGUCGAAUAUGGUCGGAUAGGAAAGGGUACGAUAGGAUAUGACCCGGAGCAAACUCUCCGUUCAUCAAGCGAGCCGUAAAUACCAAGUCUUCCGUCUUCAGCUCACAUCAGCCACUUCAUGUAAUCUACUCACUUCACCACGUCACCAAGUCUGCGCAAUCGUCCCAAAUCAGUGAAUUUCAUCACGCAGUAAAGCAUGAAUUCCCGUCUUCCACAUCUACCUAUUCCCAUCAUCAACCUGCGACCAUCUCCAUCCGUUUCCCCGGGCCGUCCUCUAGUCUCAAUUCCCAAGUCCUCCGCCAACGAACCCUAUAAGUAACGCAUCAAUCCUUCCAUCGCGCUCUCGGAAUCCGAUCCGAAUGUAAUCCCGUAGCCUGUUAAUCAUAGCUUACAACAGCGGGGUGCAUGAUAGCUUUGAGACAUGAAAUAGACGGUGUGCAGCCACAUGCAUGCGGCUCAGCCCUGGAAUAUGCAUAUCGAAGCUUCAGGACCCAGCCAAGGACGCCUUUGCUUCCCGUGCUCUGCUCGAUUGGUAUGGGAAUAGAGAGCCAUAAUGAAGAAUGGAUCGAUUGGUAGGAAGACCACUCCGUGUCUUAGUAAAUCCGACAAACUGUGAUGGGCAAAUUGUUUCUCUGGUUGCGAAGAUCGAUUGCAUUGCAUGAUCGAUUUGUGUGAUUGGCUUAAUGAAAGCCGAUCGAACACGGCAGUCGGUUUGCAGCUUGAUUGGUUGUAUAGCAGCAAGCAGAUCUCAUCGUCGUCGCAAGAGUACCCGUAGUCCCAUCUUAAAGCUGUAUGCAUAAACCAUCUCGUGUUGCAAUGCCCCUUUGCCUAGGUGCAUAUGAUGGCUCAGCUCAUGUGUACCGCAAAGAUGAUUGCGGGGUUUCCUCGCUUGCAUCCUUCCCAGCGGUUUUCUUCUUUGAUGUUGGUAGAAUUUAUCCGUGAUAGCCUCGUCCUCUUCUUCCUUGCUGGCCUCCUCUGCCUCGUCCGCCACCCCAGUUCGGACCUCCUCCACCAUGGUGCCAUCUUCCUCGACCUCGUCCUCCGCCUUCUCCAUCAUUGUAGCGUUCUCGUUCAGCUGCUUGCUCUCUCUCAGCUCGUUCCAUCAGUAAGCGCUGUUCUUCUGCUAGCUCUUCUGGGUCUUUCUCAACCUUUACUGUGGGUUUGGGAAGGUCGGUCGGCCAGCGAGGAUGAGCGUUCUUGCAUGUCUUUCCAUCUGGACAGAAUCCAGCUAGGUAGAAUACACAGAGGUUCUUGCGAACAUGACGUUGUGAGCAUAUUGGUCCGAGGGGGCAAAAUCCUUUCUCGUAGUGGGGGCAGGGUGGGAGCUUCGAGGAUGGGUCGAGAUGCAGAUAUAAACAUUCAUCUAAUGAUUAAUAAUUAGCAAAGUAAAGAUGUGUAUAAAAAUAACUGAACAUACCUCCAUUCGAGCAGUAUCCAUUCUUGGCAAAGAAAUUACACUCGGGCAUUUUUCUCAGGUUGUAUUCGUGCAAGAACUCGCAGCUCUCCCCCUUCUUGCACAGACCCCGCAGCCAAUGCUUGCAUACUAGAUUGUUGAAAUUUGAGUUAUUGUUCGCAGAUGUGUGUCUGUCAGGGCAUUUGGGCCCCAGAGGGCAGUGGCCUUGAAGGUAGGCCUUGCACGUAGGGCGGUCUGGCGUGAUGCCAUGGCGAUAGUUCUCCAGCAGGAAUGGCGAGAAGGAGAAGCUGUAUUUGGGGGCUUGAUGCUCUAGAAUCUGUCGUGCAAGAUCCUUUGGCCCUGGGCCGAGAGACAGGACGGCGGCCAUGCUGGUUGCUUGGAUUUAGCUGUGUCUGCAGUUGAAGUCGGAAACAGCUUCCAAAGCAGCCUGGCAGGCUGAAUAAUGCCGGCGCGUGAAGUGUGGCAAGGAUUCUCGAGA